AUGGAAAAGAUUAACCAGAAUUUUGAGAAGUUGAGAGACGAAAUCACGACGGAUGCCAGUCUUGCCCGGGCUCGUGACUUUGUCGUCUCAGGAGCUCCGAAGUUGCCGUCAGCUGCGGGAGUCUACCUACUCGAGAAAGUCCCCAUUGUCCAGUGGCUGCCUCAGUACUCUCCGAAAUGGCUCAUCACUGACUUCAUUGCUGGUUUGACGGUGGGCGUCAUGCUCAUUCCCCAGUCCCUGGCUUAUGCGAAGAUUGCAACAAUUCCCAUCGCCAACGGCCUCUAUUCGAGUUGGCUGCCAGCUGCGUUUGCAGUCUUUAUGGGAACUUCAAAGGGUCUCCUGACUGCCGAAAUUGUACACGAUCUGAGUCAAGAAGGCUUCGACGUCUCGGCGAUAGCCUCAUCCGUGGCCCUUAUGGUCGGAGUCUACUCGAUAAUCAUCGGUCUCUUCGGCCUAGGGUUUCUCCUGGAUUACGUCUCAUUCCCAGUUUUGACGGGCUUCAUCUCAGCCGCCGCUCUCGUCAUCGCCUUCGGUCAAGUCGGGUCCCUCGUCGGUCUGACAAAUGUACCAUCCGGCGUUUUCAACGUCAUCGGCGACGUCCUUCGUCGCCUUCCAAAGUGGGACGGCCCAACCUGCGGUAUUGGCUUCGGAACGCUCCUUAUUCUUAUCGCUCUCGAGAAGGUCGGCAAGAAAUGGGGCAAGAGACACUUCGCCAUUAAGCUCCUCGCCAACUCUAGGGCCGUUAUCGUUCUGAUAGUCUUCACCCUGAUCAGCUACCUAGUUAACCGUGGCCGUGACAAAUCCGACUACUCCUGGAAGGUUAGCCAAGUCAGCACUCAUGGCAUCACUCACCCCAUCGUGCCGGCUUCGAACCUCAUACAGAAGGUUGCGGUGAGGGCCAUUGCGCCUCUGGUCGCCAGCACCCUGGAACACUUGGCCGUCGGUAAGGCCUUUGGAAGGAAGAACAACUACCAGAUCGACCAGAGUCAGGAGUUUAACUACCUCGGCGUCGUCAACAUUGUCAACAGCUUUUUCAGUACGAUGCCCGUGGGUGGUGCCAUGUCUCGUACGGCUGUUGCCUCUGAGUGUGGCGUCAAGAGCCCUUUGACAGGCUUGUUCACUGCUGCUUUCAUUCUCUUGACCCUUUACGUCCUGUCUCCAGCUCUUUAUUGGCUUCCGUCCGCCACUCUGUCUGCCAUCAUUAUCAUGGCCGUUGUUCAUCUCUUUGGCCCAUUAUCACUUUUUUACCGCUUCUGGCGCAUCUCGUUUCCAGACUUUGUCGCCUCGAUGGUGUCUUUCUGGGUUACCAUCUUCGUCUCUUCGGAAAUCGGCAUCGGCGCUGCAGUGGGAUGGAGUAUCGCAUGGACUAUGCUGCGCUCAACCUUUGUCAAGCCUGUCAUUCACUCCAGCAACAACGAGAUCGCUCACAGCAUCCCCCAACCCAUUACCCGCAUUGUCAGCGACGGCAGUCAUCGCGGCACCGAUAACCGCACGGAGAAUGCCAGCAUUUCCAUUCCCGGCGACACUAUCGUGGUCGAUUUCAACGACGCCAUCUUCUUCCCUAAUGCUGAGCGCGCAAAGACCUCGACACUCACGGCCAUCAAGCUGGUGUACCCUCGCGUCGAGACCAGCAUGAGCCAAGACGACCGCGAGCGGCACUGGAGCGUGGCGUCCGAAAAGAGGUUGGAGAGGAUUAGAGCACAGAGGCAGCUUAGGGUCAAGGAAACACCACUUGCAGUCGUUGUCUGGGACUUCACCAUGGUACCAUUCAUCGACACGUCCGGCAUCAUGACGUUGAAGGAUUUGAAGGAUGAGAUUCGGUCGCAUGCUGGCAAGAGCGUGCAGAUCCGGAUGGUUGGAAUGUCGGACAAGGUUCGCAGCCGGUUCCUGAGGGCGAAGUGGAAUCUUGUCGACUUGGAAGAGUGGAGGGAGGAGGACGCUGACUUGGUGUACCCCUCGAUGGAGACUGCGAUCUGGGAUCGCGAUGGAGAAUCAGGGGCAGACAUCUCUAGCGAGAAGAGGGGUUAA